CCCGCCCGGUCACGUGCGCGAGCGGGGCUGUCACGUGACCGGGGCGAUGGGGACGGCGCUGGACGUGAGGGUGAAGCGGGCCGGGAAGGUCUAUCGCGAUGGGGAAGUUCUUUCUGGAGUUGUGGUCAUCACAAGCAAGGACACAGUCCAGCACCAGGGAAUCUCCUUAACCAUGGAGGGGUCAGUAAAUCUGCAGCUCAGUGCCAAAAGUGUGGGGGUGUUUGAGGCUUUCUACAACUCUGUCAAGCCUAUUCAGAUUAUUAACAGCACUAUUGAAAUGGUAAAACCAGGGAAGCUUCCCAGUGGCAAGACAGAAAUUCCCUUUGAAUUCCCACUGCACAUGAAGGGGAACAAAGUCCUGUAUGAGACAUACCAUGGUGUGUUUGUUAACAUCCAGUACACCCUGAGGUGUGACAUGAGACGGUCUCUGCUGGCAAAGGACCUGACUAAGACUUGUGAAUUCAUUGUCCACUCCCUGUCACAGAAGGGGAAGCUGCUGCCCAGCCCCGUGGACUUCACAAUCACUCCUGAAACUCUGCAAAAUGUUAAAGAGAGAGCCUCCCUCCCCAAAUUCCUGAUCAGAGGGCACCUCAAUUCCACCAACUGUGUGAUCACCCAGCCCCUGACGGGGGAGCUGGUGGUGGAAAGCGCCGAGGCCGCCGUGAAGAGCAUCGAGCUGCAGCUGGUCAGAGUGGAGACCUGUGGCUGUGCUGAAGGUUAUGCCCGGGAUGCCACGGAGAUCCAGAACAUCCAGAUCGCCGACGGCGACGUCUGCAGGGGCCUCCCCAUCCCCAUCUACAUGGUGUUCCCCAGGCUCUUCACCUGCCCCACCCUGGAAACAACCAACUUCAAAGUUGAGUUUGAGGUGAACAUCGUGGUCCUCCUGCACGACGACCAUCUCAUCACUGAGAACUUCCCACUGAAGCUCUGCAGGAUGUAAAGACCCAGGGAAGGACUUCCUGGAAAAGGCCCAAAUUCUUCAGAGGAAAAGUGAAACUUUAUCCAUGCCUGAUUCCAGCUGGAGCCACCUCACUCCCUGUGGGUCCUUUUGUGCUCUCAGUUCUCUGGUCAUCUUUCCCAGAGAGCCCACCUGGACUUCCCAAUCCAGGCAGCCUUGGCAGGGAUCCUUCUGCCUUCAACAACCACAUUAUCCCCACUUUUCCUCAGGCAAAUCCUGAAGGAAUGAUUUUGCAGCUUUCUGCAACUGGUGUGUAAGUACGUAGGAAGUUUCUCUCCUUAUUUAAUUCCAUCAUAUUUGUUCCAAAACCCUUUGAAGACCCCUUAAACCUGUUGAAUCCUGUUAUAUCCAUACUGGGAAUUGUGAUAUAAUGAUAAAUAGGGUCUUUGAAGGGAUAAAAAAGGAAGGUGCUGCUGUGGGAUCAGUGUGAAAGAAGUGAAGUAACACCGAGGAAAUUUUGGUCAAAUUGGGAACAUGAGUCUGUGUUGGAGGAAUAAAUUCACCUGUUUGUAACUGUGCAGCUUAAAGGAACUUUAUAGGCAAGGAAGAACCUUCCCAACACAAACAGGUUGUGGAUUUUGGGGUUGUUUUAAUGGAACAGCCACAAGUUGAUUUUAAUUGUGAAUUUUUCCAUGACUCUUCCCUGUGGGGUAGAGGCAGGCUCAGGUAUAAAGUAUUAUGGGAAUUGGAAGUGUAAAAGUGAGCUCCUGAAAAGGCAGAAUUAAGAAAAGUGCCCCAAAGUCAUUUCCUUUGGCUUUAUCCAGCAGCUUUGCCAAGCAGGACAGUGUCAUUCCAGGGCUGGCCCUGGUGUUUUAGGGAGCAACAGCUGGAAUUUUUAUUUCAGUCUCUUAUUGGGGGGGGAAAAUGCUAUUUAAUAAAACCUCACACUUUUCUUUAAGACCAGGGGAUGGUACAGGGUGAUUUUUGGGAAGUGGAAGCCACUCUUUGUAGUCCCCAGAGCAGCUCUUCCAACUCCUGUUGUCCCAGGGGAUGUGGAAAGAGCAGCCCCAGCACCUGGAUUAGGGAGGCUGCAACCCCCCAAAAAUACUGGAAGGUGAAAAGGAGGCAAGUGCUGGAAUUCCUCAGGCUCCAAGGUGCUUCAGCUCCAUGGAAUUAUUUACUCACCCAUAACUCAGACUUAGCAGAAAUAUUACACACACCCCAACCCUGCAUGAGCUGCAGCAGUAAUUUUAAUUUCUUAUUCAAGUGCCAAUUCAUACACUGAUUAAUCACAGAGUAGUUUAAAACUUCAGCUGGAGGAUAUUUAUCACUGGGGGGAACAAGUGAUCCCUAGAAUUAGCUAAUGAGCUCAUAAUCCAGUUAAUGCUGCCUGGAUUCAGACAACAGCCACAUUUGAUUUUCAGUUUGAGAUUUUCAGUCUCUACUCCUCAUUUUUUGGCUCUUGGAGGCAAAUGUGACAGUGCUGAAGGUGCUCUGGCAAGCUCAGACUCUGAAGGCAGUGGGAAAACCAUUCUUGGAGCUGUUUAAAUUCUGCCCCUCACUGGUGACCAGUUCCUGCACAAAAUACAGAUGUUGCUUUAGCCAAAAUAAAAAUCCUGUCAUUCCCAUUUAAACAGAUCAGCUCUUCAACAGUGGGGGGGAAUUCAAACCCUAUUUUGAGGGUUUGAAUUAAAGAAUCCGUUAAAGAAUGGAUCCACUGUAUUCCAGCUCCAUUCACAUGAACACUUUAAAAUUCUUGCUUCAAUAAAUUACUAAAAGUCAGUAUUUAAACAAUUUUAUGCAGAGAGAGGAGCUGCAGGGAUGAACUGCACUCCAAAGGGCCUGACUGGAAUCCUGCAGUUCAACUGGAAUUGCUGAUGCCAGAGGAAGGGAAUAUCUUGGCUCUUCCAGUUCUGCAUUUGGGUCUCCUGCUUGUUUGAUAUUGGAAUUUGGUUGCAGUGUGGAAUAAACCUGAGGGAAAACUCCCUCUUUACAGGAAUUAUGCUCUGGCCUUCCAGAUAAAAUAGAUUUGCUACUUUUCAAUUAAAUUAAAAAAAAAUCAAACAAAGGCCAGUUUUGUGUGCUGCCAGCCCUGAACCACAUCAGCUUCUCACGUUCAGGCAGCAACCAGGAAAAGUGCUGGAUCUUGGAGUCUGGGCCUUAAUGCCAAGUGUUAAAUCCCAACUCAGCCUGAGCUCUGUCACCACUGCCAAUAAAACCAGGGGCCUGGUGCUGUCCCUCAGCUCUGGGGUUACUCUGCAGCCACUUUGCAUGUGAUUAUGAUGAUUAUGAUGAUGAUUAUUGCUAUAAAGUGUUGAAAUAAAGCCAGGACUAGGUGCACUUGUUCCAUGCAGGAAGCUCAGGGAAGUCUUCGGGAAGGAGGGCGUGGACACGGCAGAUGGGGCAGGUGCUGGAAUGUUCCUUGAGCCACGUUCUGAUGCACUGCAAGGGCAGGGAGAGAGGGAGGAGGCAAAGGCUGGGGUUAGAAAAAUGUUCUCCAGUUCUAAUCCAUUUAUUCUGCCAGAAGAAAUCAGCAGUCAAGAAAUAAGGCAAAGGGGAAAAGUCACCGACAGGAACACGGAGUUAUUCUAACAUAAUCCUGACUUUUUUUACUCCCAUGAAGUCCCACUAUCAGGUGGCAAAUGUAGGGAUAGCCCAGUCCAUAACUGUUGCAAACAGUCCAGAUUUAAUCUCUGAAGCCUCACUUUAAAUUCACUCUGAUGAAUUAUCACUUUACUUUAAAAAAGCCCUAAAGCUUUCUGAGACGGUAAAACCGGCUCUCAGGGCGAGUCUGGGGUGCAAAGGCUGGAAAAAAGCAAAUUGUGCCCAGUUGUUUAAGCACUGAGGGGUAAAUGGAGAGUUCAGAAAACAAGACCAGAACUUACUUCUCUGUGAAAAUGAUGCCCACACUCCAGUUCACACGAGUCUUUGCUCAGCUCAUCGUGACAGAUCGUGCAGGGAUCCUCGCUGGAGGCCUGCACAUGGAACGCUCAGUUAUUGGAAAGCCAGCAGCAAUUAAUCAGCAAAUUCCACUCAGUCAAUUAGUUUACUAACUUUAACCAGGUCUAUUUAAGCUUUUGUACACAAAAUAAACGAGCCAGUUAUUUUUUUCCCCAGCAAUA